CCACCAGUAGCGCACACACCGGAACAAAAACGAUCAAAAGCCGCACCAAAUCCCCCAGCGCGGCCGCUGCUCAGGCGCGGAGACGUCGACGAGGCCGAGACCGAGGCGCGGCCCCACGCCCCGUCGCCGGCGGCGGGAGACGGGGUCGGCCGGAGCGGUGGGAAGCCACGGCCCGUGGAGCGGCGGCCCCGGGCGGAGCGCAGCGCCAAUGUCGGUGGAGAGAAAGGCCCGCCAGCGGCAAGGUCCCUGUCCCGAGCGGUGGCGGUUGGUGGGAACUGUGCGCGAAAUCGCCGAGGGCAAGGUGCUGAUUGGAGCUGCGACGCAUACGGGCGAAGCCAGCGAUUCUGAUAUUGCAGACUGAAGUUUGGCGAGUCCGUGUUUCUGCUCUUGAGCAUUAGCAGUUGUGUUGAGAGGUUGGGAGCCAUGGAGUCACGGAUGGACCACUACGAGGUUAUGGAGCAGAUUGGCCGUGGCGCCUUUGGUGCUGCCAUCCUCGUCAACCACAAGACGGAGAAGAAGAAGUAUGUGUUGAAGAAAAUUCGCCUUGCAAGACAAACAGAGCGAUGCCGCAAGUCUGCCCAUCAAGAGAUGGCUCUUAUCGCGCGCUUGCAACAUCCUUACAUUGUUGAGUUCAAGGAGGCAUGGGUUGAGAAGGGAUGCUAUGUUUGCAUAGUGACGGGAUACUGUGAAGGUGGUGACAUGGCUGAAUUGAUGAAGAAAGCAAAUGGGACAUACUUCCCAGAGGAGAAACUGCUGAAAUGGUUUGCUCAAUUGGCAUUAGCUGUUGACUAUCUGCAUUCAAACUUUGUUUUACAUCGAGAUCUCAAGUGCUCAAACAUAUUUCUCACUAAAGAACAGGAUAUUCGCCUUGGAGAUUUUGGCCUGGCCAAGACUUUAAAGGCAGAUGAUUUAGCCUCUUCGGUUGUGGGAACACCAAAUUACAUGUGCCCGGAGUUGCUUGCAGACAUUCCUUAUGGCUUCAAGUCAGACAUAUGGUCUCUUGGAUGUUGCAUGUAUGAGAUGGCUGCUCAUCGGCCUGCUUUCAAAGCUUUUGAUAUGGCUGGACUGAUAAGUAAGAUAAAUCGCUCCUCCAUUGGUCCUUUGCCUACUUGCUAUUCUUCAUCUAUGAAAACACUUAUUAAAAGCAUGUUGAGGAAGAGUCCUGAACAUCGGCCUACUGCAUCUGAGAUUCUAAAAAGUCCAUACCUGCAACCUUAUGUUAAUCAAUAUCGUCCAUUUGCUGAUAUAUUACAUCCCGGUCGAUCACCAGAGAAACCAAUCACCAGUUCACGGAGCAGCCAGAGAAGUAUGUCUGGGAGUCAGUGCAGUAGCAUUUCUGCCAGUGAUAUGGACAGUAUACAAUCAAGCGAAAGAAAUACAUCAGGACCAGCUUCAAGUUCUAACAACACCAUUGAUACUGAAGGUGCUGAAAGUACUGAUCUUCAGAGUCAUAAAGAUACUGCUGGUCCUGAACUGGAGAGACAAGACUCAUCUAAAUCCAUACAUAAUAAUCAGCAUCUUAGACACGAGAAUAAGCAACCAAAAAUCAUUAAGAAGGUACUAACAACUCUAAGAGAGGAGAGCAAGUUCAGGGAAAGCAGUUCACCAGUGAGAGCUAGCCGUGUAAAGCUAAAUUCACCCAGCAACAGGGAGCGCUCAUCUGAUGAAUCAAAGCACAGUGAUAUUUCCUCCAGUUCAAGGUCUAGUGAAGUGAUGUCACAUGAAUCGGCAAGGGUAAGCUUUGAAGAACCUGUGAAACGGGGACAAGCAUCUCCUCCCUUGAAACAUUUGUCACCAAUUGUUGAGCAUUCACAGACAGUUAAAAAUAAAUUAGAUGAGCGGCCAAAUCCAGAUCCUGCCAAGCAGUUUGGGCAAGAUGUUGAUGCUGCUGCUGCAGGGAAGGCUAAGAACAAAACACCACCGAGUUUUAUUAGAUGCACAAGUAUUCCUGCUCGGAGGCAAGGAGUAGCGAGUCCAAGUCGUCAACACACUGGGAUAAAACGAGCUCACAAUAAGGUCGUUAUGGCUGAGCAUGCAAAAAGUCAUUUCCGACCUCCCCAUAUUCCAAACAGUGCUCUUGUGGAACUUCCAGGUUUUCCAAUGAUUCCUCCAAGUCAGCUGGAUGGUAUUCAGAGAAAACCAGACAAUUCAAGGGCGAAAUCUGCUCCACCUAGGGCUGUAGCAACCCAGGAAGAAAGUACAGCUUGCUCCAGUUCUACAGUAAGUUAUCCUGAGAACACCAACCGAUCUGAACCAUCUGAACCUGGCUCACCAACCUACUUGGUACCAUCCUGCAAAUGUUCGGUCCCUGACACUACCAUACAAGCUCAUGGCGUAACAACUAAGCCAAAUUCAGAGGUCAAAACAACCAAUUUUCAGAAGAAAAUGACUCGUAAUGGUGAUAUUAGUCCAAUCUCAGCCAUGGAGGCAUCUUCUGAUGAACAAGAGUUUGUCUGCAAGGAUGACAUGCCCUCUAGCAAGGUGGGCGACGAUAGUGACACAGUUACUGUACAAAGUGAUGAAGACAAAUUCACAGUGCAGGAACUGCUUUCAUCAGUACCAGAAGUUGCUUCAUUUGUUACAACAACAGGCAUUACUCCAGAUAGAGUGUCUUUUCCUUUCCAGUCUUCAGAGAAAUCACCAGCAUCCCAUUUAAAUCCUCCAGUUGAGGAUGUUAUACGUGUCAUAAGCCAUAGCAGUUCCCAUGUCAAUGGUGAGCAGGCAUUAAGGGAAACGGGAGCACAGAGCAUUGAAGUUGGAAAACUUCUUAACGUGGUAAGAGAAGAGAGAGAUGUGAGAAGCAUCCAGCCAAACCUGAUACCUUCAGGACCUGUUGAUUCUGCUACACUGAAGCCGAGUGUUGUAGAAGCUAAUACUACCAUUCAGAAAUCAGCCAGUACGGAUCUGAUAAAAUUGUCCACCAUACCGGAAGGAAAUUUUAGUACACCAGUGACCAACAAUGGGUUUAAGGAGAAAGCAGCUCCACCCAAGGAAACACUAGACGUUACAUCCUUCAGGCAGCGAGCUGAGGCUCUUGAAGGACUCUUAGAGCUUUCUGCGGAGCUUCUAGAACACAGCAGACUGGAGGAGCUUGCGAUUGUUCUGAAGCCCUUCGGGAAGGCCAAGGUGUCCCCUCGAGAAACGGCAAUAUGGUUGGCUAAAAGUUUCAAAGGCAUGAUGAAUGAUGAAGCAAGCCGCAGUUCAGCGUGAAUACACAUAGACUGCCUUUUUUUUUCCUCGGUUACUUUCUGUUUGUGUGCUCUGAAUCAGCAAUGGUUGUCUUGUUCAUAUCCCUCUUCUUGACAUUCUGCGAGUCUCACGUUUCAGUCUUGAUAGUUCGCCAUUCUUUACAGCACAUGUUGUAAAUAGCCAAGCUUGUGAACAGAAAACCAAGAUAUGCCAGAGAUAAUGUUAAAUUUUACACGCUCAAGUUAAUGGAAAGACUACUUUGAUGCUGUA